AGUAUCCAUAGCUUUUUUGAUGGAUUAUUGCAUAUAUAUAUGCUCAUUGGAAGACACGUUUACUCAUAUUGUCAUCACUCAGACAUCAAUAUGAAGUAUGUUUGUGUCCUAUUAAUCAUAGCUCUGUUCGUUGGAAGCAGCUUUCAAAGAUGCCUGAACAACAAAGUAAAGCGCGCUGCUGAAGUAGAAGAUACUACAUCAGCCGGCGAUACAACAGAUAUCACAUUUGCAACUGAGGCAAGCUUAGAGGAUGCUGAUGAUGAUAGCACGAAUGAAAGUGUAGAUGACACAACCUCUACUGCUGAUGCAGAAGCUCGCACCUCUUCAAGAGUAAAGCGCGCUGCUGAAGGAGAAGAUACUACAUCAGCCGGCGAUACAACAGACAUCACAUUUGCAACUGAGGCAGGCUUAGAGGAUGCUGAUGAUGAUAGCACGAAUGAAAGUGUAGAUGACACAGCCUCUACUGCUGAUGCAGAAACAAGCACCUCUUCAAGAGUAAAGCGGGCUGCUGAUGAGUCUACCAGUGUAACAACCGGUACAGGUUCAGGUGAUGAUACCACAGCGGUGACAGAAAGCGUAGAUGACACAAACUCUAAUGACGAUGCAAGCAAUUGCUCUUGUUUAGAAGAUAUAUCAUCAGCUGGUGAUGCAACAGAUAACACAUUUGCAACAACUACAGCAGGCUCUAGUGAUGCUAACGAUGAUGCCACAGCUUCUACUAAUAAUGCAAACACAGCCGCAUCUUCAAAGUGAAAUGUUCCAUGAUAUCAUAGAAGCAGCAACUGAGGGAGGCGCAGCUGCAGAUAUGCAUAAAAUAAUGAAUAGUAAAACAACAAAUUAAUAUUUCCUUAUAAUUUACAUUAAUAAUUAUCUAAAUAAAUACAAAUUAAAAUUUUAUGAUGCUUAA